UGGGGCGCUCCAUUGUUUACUUUAUCCCGUGACAGUUUUCGCGAGCGUUGCCAGCUAGCUGAAUGUUGCAGAAAUUUUAGUAGCUGCUAGCAGAGAGACAUAGCUCAUUAGACCUGAGGGAAUUCCUCUUCUCAAAGAGGUUCUGUUCUGCAGAGUCCAAUGGACCUCCAGGACAAACGUUCAACGUGUGUGAAUAUGCGAUAGCAUUCAUGUGACCUGUGGAAACAGAGGCAUCUCCAGUCACCACAUUAGGGUUUUAGUCUGGAGUGGUAACAUGUUCACCGCUACCCAAACCUCCAAAUCCCAGUUCCUGGAUAAGGCCAGGAUGGCACGGGAGGAAAGGAAAGGCUAUAAGGAGAAAGAGAGAGCGGCCACCCAAAUCCAGGCUCUGAUCAGAAAAUUCCUCUGUCGUUGCAAGCUGCAAAGAGAAAUCAGGAAAGAGGUUGAUGACUUUUUUGCAGUAAGUGAUGCAGGUUCAACAAAAAGAAAUGCAUUAUCCAUCUUCAAAAUGGCAAGGAAGUUGUUAUUCAUAUUUUGCAAGGAAGAUAAGUUGAGGUUUGAGAAGCUGUGUAGAAUCAUACUAAGUAGCAUGGAAGUUGAGAAUGAACCUAAAGUUUGGUAUGUUUCUCUGGCUCUUUCAAAAGACCUCACCAUCCCCUGGCUCAAACAGAUCAAAGAUGUGCUCUGGGUCUCCUGUGAAUUCCUGAAAAAACUUAAGCCUGACAUACUGCAAGAUAAUAAAUUGGUGACUCUGUACUUGACAAUGCUGAUAACUUUCACAGACACAUCAACAUGGAAAAUUGUCAGAGGAAAAGGAGAGGCUCUCAAGCCUGCUUUAAACAGGAUUUGUGAGAACAUCAUGGGACAUCUCAAUCAGAAGGGCUUCUACUCUGUACUUCAGAUUCUUCUUACCAACGGACUGGCAAGAUCCAGACCCUCCCUUUCCAAAGGAACCCUCACCGCCAUUUUUACGCUGUCACUCAGGCCUGUUAUUGCUGCACAUUUCUCAGACAACCUGCUGAGGUCUUUCCUUCUCCACAUCAUGUCUGUUCCAGCAUUCGUCUCUCACCUCAACACACUUACUCCAGAUUGUAUGGUCACUAUCCAGACUCAUGACCUCUUUCGCAAGUUCAUCUUAUUUCUGAGCCGGGAGGAGCAGUGUUUGGAUAUCUGUGUCUGUCUGGAGGGAAGCCACACUCUCUGCUUACUGGGUAAUCUUAUUCAGCUGGGUUACUUUAAUGUCAAAGUCCUAGAGCAGGAAGCCAGUCACUUUGUCAAGAAUUUGACAGAUAUGUUGUCAUACUGUCAGAGAUAUGUUUAUCAGAAGAAAUCCAACCUCACACACUGGCACCCAGUGUUGGGCUGGUUCUCGCAGACUGUUGAUUAUGGGCUUAAUGAGUCUAUGCCGUUGGUAACGAAGCAGUUACAGUGUCUGUGGGGAGUGCCUGUGAUCUGCACUCUCUUCUGUGACGUUCUCAGCAAAAAGCUGGAGACUCAAGAACCCACCCCAAUGCCGCCACCUCAGCCAUCCACACUACAGAAUAACCUGCCUGUAAAAAAUCUCUUCAAGCGGGCAUUCCAGAAGUCUGCUUCUGUACGGAACAUCCUGAAACCGAUCGGUGGGAAGCGGGUUGACUCGGCUGAGGUCAAGAAGGUGUGCAGUAUUUGUGUGCUGUAUCAGACGGCCCUAACCACACUCACACAGAUCCGCCUCCAGAUCCUCACAGGACUGACGUAUCUUGAUGAGCUGCUCCCUAAGCUCUGGGCAUUUAUCUGUGAGCUUGGCCCUCAGGGUGGGCUCAGACUCUUCCUGGAGUGUCUCAAUAAUGACACAGAGGAAUCCAAACAGCUUUUGGCCAUGCUCAUGCUCUUCUGUGACUGCUCAAGACAUCUCAUCACGAUUCUGGAUGACAUAGAGGUCUAUGAGGAACAGAUUUCUUUUAAAAUGGAAGAGCUUGUCACCAUUUCCUCGUUUCUCAACACAUUUGUAUACAAGAUGAUCUGGGAUGGUAUUUUAGAGAAUGCCAAAGGGGAGAAGUUGGAUCUGUUCCACAGUGUUCACGGCUGGCUGAUGGUUCUGUAUGAGCGGGACUGUCGUAGGAAAUUCACUCCUGAAGAUCAUUGGCUCCGCAAAGAUCUGAAGCCCAGUCUGUUGUUCCAAGAGCUGGAGAAAGGCAAGAGGAGAGCACAGCUGCUACUACAGUACAUUCCUCAUGUCAUCCCACACAAAAACAGGGUGCUGCUGUUCCGGAACAUUGUGACAAAAGAGAAAGAGUCUUUAGGAUUGGUGGAGACCAGCUCCGCCUCUCCCCAUGUAACUCACAUAACUAUUCGUCGAUCACGGAUGUUGGAGGAUGGUUAUGAUCAACUGCGACGUCUGCCUGUCAACUCCAUUAAGGGGGUGAUCCGAGUUAAGUUUGUGAAUGAUUUGGGAGUGGAUGAGGCUGGAAUUGACCAGGAUGGUGUAUUUAAAGAGUUCUUAGAGGAGAUCAUCAAGAAGGUUUUUAACCCAGCCCUCAACCUCUUUAAGACCACCAGUGGGAAUGAGAGAUUAUACCCUUCCCCAACCUCAAGCAUCCAUGAGAAUCACCUUCAGCUCUUUGAGUUUGUUGGAAAGAUGCUGGGAAAGGCCAUGUACGAGGGCAUUGUGGUGGAUGUGCCGUUCGCCUCCUUUUUUCUCAGUCAGGUCCUGGGUCAUCAUCACAGCACCUUUUACAGCUCCAUAGACGAGCUGCCUUCUCUCGACUCGGAGUUCUACAAGAACCUCACCUCCAUAAAGCGUUACGAUGGGGACGUCAGUGACCUCGGUCUGACAUUAUCAUACGAUGAGGAGGUGAUGGGGCAGUUAGUCUGUCAUGAGCUAAUUCCUGGGGGAAAGACCAUGUCUGUCACUAAUGAAAACAAGAUCAGCUAUAUCCACUUGAUGGCCCACUUCCGCAUGCACACCCAGAUCAAGGAGCAGACCGCUGCCUUCAUCAGGGGCUUCCGCAGCAUCAUCAACCCAGAGUGGCUGCACAUGUUUUCUACCCCUGAGGUUCAGAGACUUAUCUCUGGAGACAACGCUGAGAUAGACCUUGAUGAUCUCAAGAAGCACACUGUGUACUAUGGAGGCUUCCAUAGCAGCCACAGAGUCAUUCUUUGGCUAUGGGACAUCCUGUCCAGUGAUUUCUCCCCUGAGGAGAGAGCCAUGUUCCUGAAGUUUGUCACCAGCUGCUCAAGACCUCCUCUGCUCGGUUUCGCCUACCUCAAACCCCCUUUCUCCAUUCGUUGUGUGGAAGUGUCAGAUGAUCAGGACACAGGUGACACUUUAGGUAGUGUGCUGCGUGGCUUUUUCACCAUUCGUAAGAAGGAGCCAGGUGGUCGUCUCCCAACGUCCUCUACUUGCUUCAACUUACUCAAGCUGCCCAACUACAGCAAGAAGAGCAUCCUAAGAGACAAACUCCGCUACGCAAUCAGCAUGAAUACGGGCUUUGAGCUUUCAUAACCCAUAAUUUACCCAUGUGUGUUGGUUUAUACCACACAAACACAAACUGUUACAUUCACGCAGGAGUGGUGGUAGCAGUUAAGGUAUCGAUAUACCCACACAAAGAUCGAAGAUUCAGUCGUACAGUAGAAGGAACAACAACUGAAGUUCAGAGAUUAGAUUCUUGCUCCAUUGGAAUUGGGACCUUCAAUAAAGGCACUUAACCCUAAGUUGCUCAAGGAAGACUGUUCCAUCAAAAAGUGUUCUCUGUCUUGUUCACUAAAUGGCAAGCAAAUUAAGUAACUCACUUGCUAAUAUAGUGGAAAUGAGCUGAACGUAUCCAGUCACACUGAGGAUACCAACAGCAGAAGUAUAUUAGAGUAUACUGACAUUUACUUGCAAAGAACAUUUAGACAUAGUCACAUCUUAGUCUCUGAUUUUUUUGUUGUUGAAGUUUUUGAACCACUUGAAGAUCCCUGUAUUUAGUGUCAUAGUAAAACAUGUUGUUCUUAGCAUUUGAAGCCAUAAGAGCUCCAAACGCCUUAUACAAUCUGUUUUAAACCAGCUCAAUGUAAUGCCAUCAAGUCAUGCUGCUCUUAACCCCUUUAUCAAUGAAACCUCUCACAUGGAGACUGAGUAACCCAGCUCCAUGUGUGAAUCCGAAAAGGCUCCAAAUGUACUGAUGUUUUUUGGUGUCCACUCAUUAAAGAAGACUGCUAAACCUCCUCUACAGUGGACUCAGCAGUGGAUGUACAGUGUAAGAUCUGCAGAAACAUUGCGUUGUCUCUCAGGUCUGCAUGUCUCACUCCCCCGUGAAGGGAACAGGAAAGCAAUACUAAUGCAACGCAAGCCAUACAACUCGAGACACAAAAGGAGGCUAUGCCUGUUUGAAUGACAAAUGCUUUCAAACCCAUAGCAUAUAUUGCUAAACUUCUGCUAGACUUGAGGAUAAAAGGUUCCAAGCACUGUUCAUCGUCUUCAGCUUCUAUGAACUUUCUCCUUUCUCAUUUUAAACACUACAUUGUCUCGCAACAGACCACAUUAUCGGACUGUUACGUGGUUAUGAAAGCAGUGCUGCCCAAUGACAUGGUGACAUUUUUUGCUCAUUAAGUCAUUUUAAUUUCAUUAUUCAGUUCAAGAACAAAAGUAAAGCGAUUUUAAUUUAAUCCCUUAAUGCUGACUUCAGGAAAUACUAAUAUAGGUGCUUGAAGCAUGUAUCUAUUUCUUAAAUUCUUUGCCAUGUCUUGGUCUUUUUUUAAUUUUUAUUGAAGAAUUAAAGGGUAAAAUAGUGGCGGGACACAGAAUAAAUCACUGAAACAGUUAAACUCCAACUUUAAAGCAAUCACAAAGUUGAGCUCAUCAUCAACUGCUUUCUCUGUCAUCUCCCAGUACCUCUCUGCCCAUCAUUUAGCUGUGCACUACUGGAAUUCAGCCAUGAAGAUGACUAGCUCUCAAACCAGCUCUUGUGGGAACUUUUUCUUAUAGAGUGAGUGUUGGAAUGACUACUUUGGAAGUUCUGUUUUUAGUGUUAUUCCAAGUGGACAAAAAAAUACAAUAAAAAAUAGGAUUAUCUCCCUUUGCAUGAUGUCACUGGAUGAUUCAAACCUGUGGUCCUGUUAUUGAAUUAGAGUUAAAGAAUCACAAUGCAACUUUUGCUCAUCUUUGUCAUUCCUUUUCUCCAUGUCUCUCUCAGCACAGAUUAGUCUUUCUUUUUUUCCUUUUUUUUUUUUUUAAUCAGGUUGAUACUCACAAAACCUGUCCAAAACAUAUCCGGGUCAUAUUUCACCCCAUUCUGAAUAAAGAAAAUUAAGCUUAUUUUAGUUAAGAUUUUUUGCGAAGAUUUAAAAAAAAAAAAAAGAAUUCAUGAUAAUUAAGCACAUUUCCUUGCUAAAUACUCAAUUACUGUUUAAAAAAACCAAACAAAAAAAAUGUAUCUCAAUUAAAAAUUGUGAAUAAAAUCCUACAUUAUUUUAAUUGUGAAGGAAAACUCUAAAUGAUCAUCAUGGUAGUAUUUGUAUUUUUAAUUUUAUUAAAAAAUAAAUUGUCUAGACAGGAUGAUUUUCAUUACUGUAUUACAGUAAUGAGAAUGUGUUAUGAGUACACACACACACACACACAUAUAUAUAUAUAUAUAUAAUUGUGUGUGUGUAUAUAUAUAUAUAUAUAUAUAUAUAUAUAUAUAUAUAUAUAUAUAAUAUUAUUAGUAUUUAUUUUUUGGUGAAAUAUGACCUGGACAUUUCUUCAGUGAGAAAGAACCAUUAGGCUUGUUUCCAGGACUCUUAAAGGGGCUAAGUAAACAGCAUUAGUUAUUUCAGAAUGUUUCUUGAAAGCAAACCCUCUCCCUUUUUGUAUGCAGUAAAUGCAAUAUUAUACAAUGCUCCCACAAACAUUAUCUGUCUGUAUCUCCCCUGCUGUCUCUACAUUUGUUUUGAUAAAUCAAGGCAUUAGAACACUAUCUAAUGCAUAGAGACAUUUGUAGAUGUGUAUGGAAAAACUGGCUUUGGUAUCAUGUAACAUUUUGGAAUGUAUUGCUCAUAAUGUUAAGUUAUUAAUGUGCUGUGUCCCUAUUACACAAGGGCUUAGACUGUAUCAUAUAGCAGAGUUUUGAACUGACAUUAGCAUGCUAUUUCCAUUUGAAAGAUGCUUAAGAUUGUUGCAGUGGACCAGGAAUGUUUUGGUAUAAGGAUGUAAAUGCAAAAAUCUUGAUCCUGAGUCUGAUUACCAUGAUGUCACAAAAUCUUGCUCUUUCCUCAGAUCAUGUGGUGAUCCUUGGAGAGGGAUGUAACAACCUUUAAAGCACACAGUUUCUUAUUUCUUUUGUGUCUUUGAAUUUGGUUGCACUACUUGAACGGCAGGUUGAAAUACACAGUAUAUUACAAAAGCAAUGUCAUUGUAAAGCUAUUCAUGUGUACAGUAAUAUUUCCUCUGUAAAAUCUAAAAAGUAAACUUAAUUUUUGAUCAACCAUGUAAACAUUUGAAUAUCCUAAUUUAAAACUUUACUAAACAACAAAGAA